AUGUAUAAAUUUAGGAGUAUUGCAUUUUAUGCAACAUAUCUAUUUUUAAUUAGCCUUUGUCUAUUUACUUACGUAAAAGAGACCGAAUGUGAAUCUACAGCUUCUGCUGUUAUAAAUAUUUUGAAUGUAACUACUUCUUGUGAAGUAUUUCCCCAACCAGAGGAUAUUCAUGAUCAGAGAGAUCAUGAUAUUCGAACUUAUUUUAAAAUGAGAAGGGAAUGUAGUUCGUUGACUAUUACCGUGUCGAAAAAUAGUUUUAUAUGUAUUUUUGUACUCUUUAUAUAUAGUAUUCAACGUGCAUCAGAAUUUAGUGGUAGAAAUGAAGUUAAUGGUACAGAAAGGAAGAAAAGCCAUACUUGGUUAGCGUUUCUACUAUUCAAUAUCCUACUAACAGGUACUGAUUUAUCACCAAUUAGUUAUCAGGCAACUAAUAACAUUUAUGAAAAAAAUCAUGAUAGACCCGAAGUACAAUCGCUUAGACGAUCAACAACAUAUUCACCUCCAACAAAAUCAACAACAUAA